AUGGUGGUGCUGGCCUUGGGCGAGGACACGGCGCCGAGUCGAGGGUCGAGGUCCGUUUUCGACGAGGCAAUCCAUCGAGAUGCCCCCAUCGCGAAGGCCGAGGAAGCAUGGAGUGGGGAGGAACCGGCCGUCUCCGCGGUGACCACGGCGCCGGUUCCGCAGGUUCCGAUGGAGGUGAAGCCUGUGAAGCCGGAGGUGAAGCCGGAGGUGAAGCCGGAGGUGAAGCCGGAGGUGAAGCCGGUGAAGAAGGCCAAGUCAAGACAUGCCUCUUUGGGAGCGCGGCAGAGAAGUAGAGAGGAGAAACCUUCGACGCAGCUCCCGACGGUCUCCGCGGUCCCAGUCAUGUGUGCUGAACUUCCUGCUCCACUUCUUGCGAGCAGGCCCAAGUUGGUCGGUCACGUGUCCGCCGAUGGUGGAAAAGUGGUCCACAAGAGUCUCCUGGACAUGGCGCAGGCGGCCGCUCUGCAGGUGCCGCGGAAGGACGCCACCCUGGUGUUGGGCGGUGGACCUCGUUCGUCCCGUUCGAAGCUGCCGUUCGUCCCACGUGGACGGCCAUGCGCGACACCGUGGGCACGGCCAGCCGAACUGUUCCGGCCGGUGGAGGACUAUGAUGGGGAGAGCUCCCGGGUCUAA